AGGGUUCAACCGAUUUAGACCAUAUCCAGAUUAUCAAAAAACCCGGCGGUCAACUCACAGACUCUUACCUUGAUGAGGGCUUUAUUUUGGACAAGAAGAUCAGCACAAACGGCAACAAGUCUCUGAAGAAUGCCAAAAUCUUGAUCUCCAAUACUUCUAUGGAUACCGAUAAGGUUAAAGUCUUUGGUGCCCGAAUCCGUGUCGGUGGUACGGCGGCAUUAGCCGAACUCGAGCGAGCUGAGAAGGAAAAAAUGAAAGCCAAAGUGGCCAAGAUCCAAGCCCAUGGGAUCAACUGCUUCGUGAACCGACAGUUGGUCUACAACUAUCCCGAAUCUCUCUUCGCCGAGGCGGGUAUCAUGUGCAUCGAACAUGCUGACUUCGAAGGUGUCGAACGAUUGGCUCUUGUCACUGGAGGUGAAAUCGCGAGCACAUUCGAUCAACCUGAGAUGGUUAAGUUGGGACAUUGUGAUCUGAUCGAGGAGGUCAUGGUUGGAGAGGAUGUGCUCAUCAAAUUCUCAGGAGUUGCGGCCGGGGAAGCAUGUACGGUAGUGAUCCGAGGAGCGACGGCGCAAAUGAUCGACGAAGCGGAGCGCUCGUUACACGAUGCCUUAGCGGUGAUCUCGCAAACCGUUAAGGAGCCCCGGGUGACCUAUGGCGGCGGAUGUGUGGAGAUGUUCAUGGCUAAUGCGGUGGACGAUGAGGCGAAAGUGACAAAUGGCAAAAAGGCAAUCGCCGUCGAAAGCUUCGCUCAUGCUCUUCGUCAGCUUCCUACCAUCUUGGCCGAUAAUGCCGGGUACGAUUCCAGCGACUUGGUCGCCCAACUUCGGGCUGCUCAUUACGCUGGUCAAUCUACUAUGGGUCUUGAUAUGCAAGAAGGGAAGAUCGGGUCGAUGGAAGACUUGGGUGUCUAUGAAUCAUAUAAGCUUAAGAGACAGGUCGUCUUAUCUGCUAGUGAAGCCGCAGAAAUGAUCCUCAGAGUCGACGAUAUCCUUCGCUCUACUCCUAGGAAACGCGAUGCUCAUUAAACUUAUUUAUUUAUUACUUCUACCUUUUUUUUUAAAAAAAAAAGAGGGAAAAAUCUCUGAAAGAAAUUAAUCAUUUUUUUCUUCCCCUAUCUCAUGUCUUUUUUUUUUUUUUUGGUUGAACAUUGUGUUUUAAAUAUCUUGAUGUUAUAUCAUAUUCUUAGAAUAUAACCAAUUCUGGGAACUGAAAAAAGGUUGCGGUGUUUGGG